AUGUCACCGAUGUGCUCCCUCUCCCAUUUCUGACUCCCAACAUCCAUUUCGCCGUAAACAACAGUUCUUGUCGAAGCUGAGAAGGAAGAUACGGUGGUUGGGGCGGAGGCAGCGUUAGCGAAGGUGGAGAAGAAACGUCACAAUAAAAAAGGAGAGGGAGAAAUCAGAGAAGGCAGUAAUUAAAAACAUCAUAUGUUGUAACUGUAUCAACUCACUCCAUGGCCGUUCCCAAACCUCGUCCCUCUUUCCUCUCACCGCAAUUCGCUGCACCUUUCUUCCGUCGUCUCUCUUCGAGCCCGAGCCCGAGCCCGAGCCCAAGCGGCGACGAAAAGGAUGCGGAAUUGGUGUCGAAUCUGCUCCUCCAGCAACACAACCCCUUCCACGCUACGGAGUCGAGCCUCCAACUGCACGGCAUCACACUCACACCGAAUCUCCUUUUCCAGAGCCUCCUACGCCUCAAACACCACUCCAAAAUCGCACUCUCUCUCUUCAACUACUCCAAAACCCUCCCUAACCCUCCUCUCACCAUUCCCUCUUACAACCUCCUCAUCGACAUCAUGGCCAAGGUUCGCCAAUUCGACGUCGCUUCCCAACUCAUUGUCGAAAUGCACCAACGCAACCUCUCCCCCACCCCUUCCACCUUCCUAAUCCUCAUUCGCCGCCUCAUCUGCGCUGGCCUCACGCGCCAAGCCGUUAGAACCUUCGACGAUAUCGACGCCUUUUCCGAUUCCAAAACCACACCCGACCACUUCUGCCUUUUGCUCGACACGCUCUGCAAAUACGGCCACGUUAAACUCGCCGUCGAGGUUUUCAAUAGAAACAAACGCGACAAUAGGUUUAGACCUAACGUGAAAAUGUACACCGUUUUGAUUUACGGGUGGUGCAAGCUGGGGAGGGUUAAAACGGCACAAGCGUUUUUGAAGGAGAUGCUGGAGCUGGGGAUUGAGGCUAAUGUUGUUACUUAUAAUGUGUUGUUGAAUGGGGUUUGUAGGAGGGUGAGUCUGCAUCCCGAGGAGAGGUUCGAGAGGACUAUACGGAAUGCUGAGGAGGUGUUUGAUCAAAUGCGUGAGAGUGGGAUUGAACCCGAUGUGACGAGUUUUUCCAUCGUGCUUCAUGUUUAUAGCCGUGCGCAUAAGCCCCAGUUGUCGCUUGAUAAGUUGAGGUUGAUGAAGGAGAAAGGGAUAUGUCCUAAUGUCGUGACAUACACGUCGGUUAUUAAGUGUCUUUGUUCGUGCGGGAGGCUUGACGAUGCCGAGGGGUUGCUUGAUGAGAUGGUGAGGAAUGGAGUGAGUCCGUGUGCCGCCACUUAUAAUUGUUUCUUUAAGGAGUUUAGAGGGAGGGACGAUGGAGACAGCGCUUUGAGGUUGUUCAAGAAGAUGAAAGAUGAUGGGUUGUGUCCGCCAACUUCACACACAUAUGGCAUUUUGAUGAGGAUGUUUUUGAGGUUGAACAAGAUUGGGGUUGUGAAGGAAAUGUGGAAUGAUAUGAAGGAGACGGGGGCCGGGCCCGAUUUGGAUUUGUAUACCGUUUUAAUACAUGGGUUGUGCCAAAGACAAAGUUGGAAGGAGGCUUGCCAUUUUUUUGUUGAGAUGAUAGAGAAUGGGUUUCUCCCCCAGAAAGUUACCUUUGAGAUCCUCUACAAGGGCCUAAUUCAGUCUGAUAUGUUGAGAACUUGGAGGAGAUUGAAGAAGAAGCUUGAUGAAGAAUCAAUAACCUUUGGUUCUGAGUUUCAGAAUUAUCAACUAAAGCCGUAUAGAAGAUAAGUGAAGAGAGAAAUUGAGAUAGAGGGUGAGACAAGACAUAGAAGCAAGGAAAGGAGCCUGUCAAAGUCUUAAAGAUGAUUGAUAGGAAGGUAAGAAAUCCAAUACGUAUCUUGUUCCUUCUCAAGAAGAAAGGAAAGGAAGGUAAGAAAUCCAUAGACAUAGAGGUUGAGAUGAGACAUAGAAGCAAGGAAAGGAGCCUGCCAAGUCUUAAAGCUGAUUGAUAGGAAGGUGAGAAAUCCAAUACGUUUCUUGUUCCUUCUCAAGAAGAAAGGAAAGGAAGGUAAGAAAUCCAUAGACAUAGAGGGUGAGGUGAGACAUAGAAGCAAGAAAAGAAGCCUGUCAAGUCUUAAAGCUGAUUGAUAGGAAGGUAAGAAAUCCAAUAAGUUUCUUGUUCCGUCUCAUUUUAAAAAUGCCUGUAAUUUCUGAGUUGUUGUGAAUUUUCUUUUAAUUCUGUUCUGAAUUUCAUAACUUUGUUCUGACAGUUUUCCUUGGUUGAAAACAUGCUGAAUGACAUUUUGCUUGUAAGGUUUUUCUUCCUCUAAAUUUUUUGCUCUGGUAAUUUAUGCACUCAUGCUUUCAAAUUAAGAUUUUGAGUCCUUAGAUUGAUCAUACUUCUGAGUACCAAGUGAUUGUUUUAUUUCCCCUUUAGGUCCCAAGUCAAAAUAUUAAUUACUAACUUGUGAAACUUCCUUUACUGAGAUAUUUAAACAUGGUCUUGCAUAUGGAAAAUGUUGAAGUCUUUUGAUUAUAUUUUUAUUCGAAGGGUAUUCUAACGUUCCUAGUUCUGACAUAAUCCUGUAAGUUUAUGGUUUUAAAGCAUAUCUUUCAUUAUUCUGGUUGCUAUUUAGGAUGCACAAAGUAAGGACUCAGCUUUGGUAUAUAACCAUGGAACAUGACUAUGGAAUGGAUAUAUACGUGAAGGCCUGAAGUGGAGUUUAGGGCAGUUUCAAUUUGAAGCACAACUGAGCAUUUUCAUCACUUUCUCUCUCUUCUGUCCUUCAGAUCUCCCUUGGCUUCCUCAGCUCACUGAGGCACUAUCUUUACCACUUGUUUUGGAUUGCAGCUCUGUUCACUUGUUAGGUUAUUUAGCUGCAGCAACCAAUUCACAAAAUCAAUUUCACCUUUCAUUAUUAGUCUCAAUUGAUAUUUGGAUUUUGGAGUUUUGACCAUAAUGCCGGAUAGCCUGCCACUCUGAUUUACAAGGAUUUUGACUAUGUUAUUGAACUUGUAGUGAUUGGCAAUUUGGAAGCAUGCCAGGACUUAUUAUGAUUGGCACCAUAGCCCACGUUGAGAUAGUCAUAUUUCAUGUAGAACUUCCAAGUGGCUAAAGACUCUCAUAAAUUAGUGCCACCUUCUGUGUAUGAGAAUGUUGGCACAAACGUUCUUCUACUGUGUUAUGUUGACAAAAUUGCUUGGCUUGUGAUGUUCCCAUGUUUUGCAUUGAAACUUAGUUUGAAAUAAUUGCUCUCGUUAUG